AUGGCGUCGAGUGUUGUGGUGAUUGUACUGCUGCACUUUUUAUUUGAGCAAUGUCUGUUAACUCGGGGCUCCAUGCACUGGGUCGUCACGGAGGAUGGAAGGAUACAGUCCCAGGCUGACUCAGUCUAUAAUCUACGAAGACCCUACGACCUCGUGGCCUUCAUGCAUCAGGAAGAUCGUGCAACAGUUUUAAAUCAUUUAAAGAAAGAAUUGUUGAAUAGAAAGGGAGAGAUUGAUAAAAGUGAAGACAGAGACACUACUGGAUUGGAACAGAAGUUUUAUAAGAGUGACUAUGAUUGUUUACAAGCUGGAACGCCAUUACCAGAAAUAGAUCUCUAUAUUAGUACCAUAUUACCUAUAGAACAUAAACAUAUUAGUGAUGAAUUGUCAAUUGAGAUACAGAAAGCAGCCCAAUCCUCUGAUAAUAAGAUUGGUACCAUUCCUCCAGAACCUGACUGUACUAAAGUUUUACAGUUAGACUUCACUCCUCAUGGUUUUGAACAUCUGGAGGGUGUACAGGAAAGAAUGAAUCUAACAGGUUCGGCAGAGUUAGGAUUAACUCAUGCCAUCCCCUUUAUACCAGAUAAAACAGAAAUACCAGAUUUUGGUCAUGUUAUAGCCAAGGAACUGAAAAAGAACAGUACAUCAUGGGUGUUGUACAACAUGGCAGCGUUUUAUUGGAGAGUAAAAGGAGACCCGUGGAUGACAGUUGAAUGUUUACGUAGAGCUCUUCAUUUCUCACCAAGAGAAAAUAAAGAUAUCGCCUUGAUAAGUCUUGGUAAUAUUUUACAUCGAGCUCGGUACUCCAACGAGGCAGCCAUUGUGGUCCAUUCUGCCCUGGAAUUAUCCAAGGAACUCAAUGUCAAUCAUUUUACGCUGGGAAAUAUUUACGCAGUAUUAGGAGAAUAUAACAAGUCUAUAAUUUGUUAUGAAAACACGUUAAGAAUUCAGCCUGAUUUUGAAGCAGCCACCAUCAGAAAACAUGCUGUGCUCUGUCAUCAGAAGUUAGAGGCUGCUUUAGAGGCACAACACAGAUCUCUACAGAAGACAUUACGAGAUUUAAAAGAUUACCAAAAGAAACAUGAUUUAUGGCACAUACAGAACGAUCGUAUGUCGGUAGAACAGGUCUCACAAGAAGAAAAAGUCUCACAGAAUAUCGCGUUUGAGUUUAAUAAAGCUAAACAGACGUCAACUAAAGAUAUAGGUGAAUAUUGUAAUAUGGUGGAACGAGAGGGUAAACAAGUUCUGCUCUGUACCUGGAACCGACAGGCGCCAACUCUAGAAAUGUUGGAUCAGUUCGCUCUCGAGGAACAGAAAAAAGAGAGUGAGAGAAACCGACUGAAACUGAAUAAAUACGAGAAGAAAGCUAUAGAUUAUAAUUUACCUGUUCGAGCACCACUGUACGUUAAACAUGAUAGACAAGCUGUCCCUAGGUUUAACGAACUAGAGUUGGAUAAUACAUGGCCAGAGAAAGAAGAAUGUGAUAGCCAUCUACUGACCAGUCCAGAUCCUUUCAAUCUCUCAACAGUUUAUCUUUCUCCUGAAAAUAAAGGUUUUGAGGUGAAAGCGUUGUUGACAGAGGCUCAAAAUUUAAAAGAUGGUGCUGAACACCCGUUACCAUGGUAUCCACCGAUCUGUGUUACAUUGUUGACUAUAAAUGAAUAUGAUGAGAAAACGUACGAUAAUUUAAAAUCUGUUGGUCAUCCCGGUCGAACUAAAGUGCCAUUAAAAAUGUAUGAUCCGUCCAUGAGAAAGACGUUAUUAAGUCAUGUAAAUGGAGGGACUGUAACAGAAGAGGAAGUAGGACAGAGAAUAUUGUCAGCCAUUAAACAGGAGGUCGGAGCACGUUGGGUAUUAUUCAAUCUAGCGGGACUGUACUGGAGGAUUGUGGGUAAUAAUUACCAUGGUAUUGAAUGUAUUAGAAGAUCUCUAGCCCUGGCCCCAGAUGAGUACGCUGAUGUACCGCUGGUCAAUAUGGCUAAUAUCCUGUAUAAAUGGGGGCGAUACGAUGAUGCUAUUGUCUUGAUGAAGGACGCUUUGAAAAUUAACGAUGCCGAGCCUGAUUCCAACUUCCUAAUGGCGAAUCUGUUAUGGGUUACAAAGAAUUAUUCUGGUGCCAUCUCUCACUACCGAACUGUUCUCGAUAUCAUCCCAGAACAUCAAGAAGCUUUUGAUUCCCUGCGAGCCAUAAAAUGUCUCCAGAAAUUCCUAAUCAAAGAGCAGAGUGUGGCGCCGAUUGAAGUUCCAUCUCAACCAGUCGGUAACAGCUGUCAGCAGAAAGGCGUGGCCAAUAAAAAUCAACAAACUGAAAGUAGAGUUAUCUGUAAAACGGAGAAUGGAGAAGAGAAGUGUAUCAUAGAAACUAGAAUGAGGGGGAAGUCCGGUGAAUGUAACGGCCACUGUACCCAGACGUGUACCAUCACACCAAUCAAAGUGGAAUCGUCGUGUGGAGGACCUGAUUUAGCCGUAGAUACAAGCAAUCCUGUUCAAUGCCAUCAGAAAGGAAGUCAGUGUGGGGAAGCUGGUGAAGAAUUACUCUUUACCAAUGACUUUACGAACAAAUUAGAUGAAGUAAGCGAUCAUUAUGAAAAGAAAGGUAUUUGUAAUGGGGAAGACUGUAAUACACUUCGUGUUCAGUGUUUAAUUCCAAUGAAGACACAUUCAGGUCUUGUAGCUCAUGUUAUUACUCCCCCUAAAUUAUUCGUACGACCUCUCAGCCUACAUUCCACUCAGUGCAUGACUGAGCAGAAGAAACCUCAUAUUAAGUUGGAGUUUAUCGAUGGUGUUCUACAUCAGAAGCUGAUCUUCGUACAGGAUGCUAACGAUAUCCACGUUGAAGAUAAUGAAUGUAUUAUAUUUAAUGAUGGUAUAAAAUCACCAGGAUGUGACCAAGCUCAAUAUCGUUCUUAUAGUGAGGAACUAGCUCGCAGCAAUAUUAAUGUUGAGUUUCGGUAUGUGGGAGAUGAGAGUCCAGUAGAGAAAGAUAAGAAAAACCAUUGUUCAAAGACACCCAAUAGUCCAGGAGUACCAUCAGAUGAAAUACCAUAUAGUGAUAUAUCAGAUGGCAUAUUGCAGUCGUUAAAUGGUGAUGUUGAACCAUCAGAAGUUGUGGGUCAUAGAAUAGCUUUAACUCUUCAACAGAAUCCCAAGUCGUGGGUGGCAGCGUCUGCAGCUGGUCUAUACUGGAGGGUAGAGGGUGAUUUUACUAAAGCUUUAGAUUGUUACAGACUGUCUUUAUCAUAUGCUCCUCUUGAGAUGGCUGAUUUAAUGUUAUUAGGAUAUGCUAAUAUUCUGGUUCAAGGUGGUUACUAUAGCAACGCUAUCAUGGUGGAAGAUUUAGCAUUAGAUAUUCAAUCAACGUUACCCAUUCAUUAUUUCACACUGGGUAAUAUCUACGCUGCGCUGGGAAAAUGGAGAACUGCUGUAUCAUUUUAUGAAGCUACCAGAUUUUAUCAGGAAGACUUUAAACCUGCUGUAGACAGAUUACGAGCUAUUCAUUGUGAAAAUAUAGCAUAA